CCCACGGGCUCCAACCGUUCACACCGCUGCUGAGUGGCGGCCUUCCUCGCUCUCCUCCUCUUGCCGCCGUGUCUGUCUGACUCCCUCCCUUCCGCCGUAGCCGCUACACUCGUUCCGUGCCUGCUAGACUCACCCCCUCUCUGCCGCCGUGUCUGAUAAACCAUUCUCCCUGCCGCUGUAUCUUCCCUAUAUAAGGGUGCUCCCAUUUCUUGGUGUCCGUACGGCCGUAUCUGCCAUUAUCACUCCGUGUCACUGCCGUGUCUCCUCUAGAAGUGCUGCCAUCUACACUCCGUGUCGCUGAGUCUCCACGGGUGCUGAACAAGCAAUUUGCUGAUCCAACGCGCUCAUCCUUCACCAGAACCGUCUCCGGAGAGCGAGGAUGUGUGGGUCAGGAUGGCGCGGGCUUCUCCUGUUGGUGACCGUGUCCGCCGCCUUCACCAGCUCCGAGUUCGUCUACCCGUCCCCACACCCCAGGGAGACAGAGAGUUCGUACUGGAAUGACUUGGCCAGGAAGGAGCUAGAGGAGGCCAUCCACAAGCCUAAGCUCACCAACGUGGCCAAGAAUGUCAUCCUCUUCCUCGGUGAUGGUAUGGGGAUCACCGUCAACACAGCGGGAAGAAUCCUAAAGGGGCAGAAGAAGGGAGUGUCGGGUGAGGAAGGCUUCUUGGUAUGGGACAGGUUCCCCAAUGUUGGCCUUCUCAAGACAUACAACGUGGAUAAGCAGGUGCCAGACAGUGCCGCCACUGCCACAGCAUUCCUGGCAGGGGUCAAGGCUAACUAUUACACGUUAGGUGUUAAUGGUAAGGUCAAGCGCGGGAACUGUGAGGCCUCACUCAAGGCAGAAAAUAGAGUGGAUUCCAUUUUGAAGUGGGCACAGGAUGCUGAUAAAUCAACAGGUGUUGUGACGACAGCGCAAGUGACACAUGCAACACCUGCCGCACUCUACGCUAAAUCUGCUGACCGCAGAUGGCAGUGUGAGACAAAGAUCUUCACAGCAGGAGAAGAAUCUCACAAGUGCAAGGAUAUUGCUCUGCAACUUGUUGAAGAUGAACCAGCAACGAAAAUGAAGGUUAUCAUAGGUGGAGGUCGACAGGAAUUGGGGGCACCACUGGAAGACAAUGCAGAGAAGAAGUGUGUGCGAACUGAUGGCAGGAACCUGGUUGAUGAGUGGAAGAAAGUCAAGACUUCCCAGGGGGAGACCAACGCUUAUGUCACAACCACCAGAGAGCUACAAUCACUUGACACAGAGAAUACUGAAUAUAUUAUGGGAUUGUUUGGUGACCUGCAUGUACCAUACGAGGUUGACAGGAACACCAGCCUGGAUGGCACUCCAUCCCUGAAGGAGAUGGUACAGGUGGCACUCAGGCGACUCCUCAGGGAUGAUGAUGGCUUUUUCCUUCUGGUUGAAGGAGGGAGGAUUGACCAUGGCCUUCACUAUGGUCAACCACUACGAGCUCUAGAAGAGUUGCUAGCCAUGGAGGAAGCAUUAAAUGCAGCUAUGGAAAUGGUGAACCUGGAGGAAACGUUGAUUGUGGUCACAGCGGACCACUCUCAUGUCAUGACCAUUAAUGGUUAUCCAGAGAGGGGCAACAACAUCCUUGGUGUUGUGAUGAACGAGGAUGACGUGUCUGACCACAUGCCCUACACCACUCUUAUGUUUACCAAUGGGCAUGGCUUCAACUACACAUGGACGGGUGAAGAAGUAAUGCGGCGCAACUUAACAGGAGUGGACACUAAUGACAAGGAUUUUGAACCUCUGGCUGCGGUCCCAACUUAUGCUGGUUCCGAAACUCAUGGUGGUGAAGAUGUUGGAGUGUAUGCCAUAGGUCCAAUGGCUCACCUCUUCCACAGAGUUCAUGAACAAAACUACGUGGCUCAUGUGAUGGCUUAUGCAUCAUGUAUUGGACCUUAUGCAGAUGAUUGCAAGCGUCCAGUACAAAUACAUGAAAAUGUCUACAAUCAUGUCAAAAACCUUAAAAAAUGUAAAGCAAACACGGGAACAUCAACAAAUUUAAGUUUUGUGACACUGGUGUCCAUAACCAUUGUUCAUGUCAUCAGACAGUUUGGAUGUUGAAUGUAAGCUUAGUGUAAUCUGUACACCCUCUAUACAGUACUGUAUAGUAUUUAUUUUAGGAAGCAAGAAACUCGCAUGACACCCAUUCCAGGUUGAAGCUAGUUAUCUAUAUAAUUUUAUUUAUAAAGUUCCUGUUUGUCUUGUUACAUAUUAUAAUAAAUGUUUUAUUGCA